AUGAAUGACAAGAGGAAAGCCUUAGGCUACAAGCCUGUACAGCCUGUGACUGUACAAAAGAACAUGAAGUUAAAUCAAACACAAGAGAAAAUGAUGCAAUCAAGAGACACAGUAAACACAAGAUAUGAGGCGCUGUCGGCGCAGGCCGCCUUCUACUACUGCGAGCGGCGGCGGAUCGCCCUGGAGGCGCUGCUGGGCGGCGGCGAGCAGGCCUACCGCGAGGGGGUCAAGAAGGAGCGGCUGCGGGAUUUCCUGUCCAGCCAGGAGCGCCAGGCCCUCCGCACCGCCUGGAGCCCCUACGAGGACCUCGCCCCCUCCCGGGGCAAGAGCAAGGCCAAGGCCAAGGCCCCGCCGAAGGCCCCGGCUGAGCCCAAUGGGUCCCUCGCCUACUGGCCCGACCGCUCCGACACCGAGGUGCCCCCGCUGGACCUGGGCUGGACCGACACGGGCUUUUUCCGCGGCGUGAGCCGUGUCACCCUCUUCACCCACCCCCCCAAGGAGGAGAAGGCGCCCCACCUCAAGCAAGUGGUCAGGCAGAUGAUCCAACAGGCCCAGAAGGUCAUUGCUGUGGUCAUGGACCUCUUCACCGAUGGAGAUAUCUUCCAAGACAUUGUGGAUGCCGCCUCUAAGCGCCGGGUCCCCGUGUACAUCAUCUUGGACGAGGAGGGCGUGAAGUAUUUCCUGGAGAUGUGUUGGGGCCUGGAACUUACUGACUUUCGUAUUCGGAACAUCCGCGUCCGCUCUGUGACAGGCGUUGGCUUCUACAUGCCCAUGGGGAAGAUCAAGGGGACUCUGUCAUCAAAGUUCUUAAUGGUAGAUGGUGAAAAAGUAGCUACUGGAUCUUACAGGUUCACCUGGAGUUCCUCCUAUAUAGACAGGAACCUUCUGCUCCUCCUGACAGGGCAGAACGUGGAGCCCUUCGACGUGGAGUUCCGGGAGCUGUACGCCAUCUCUGAGGAGGUGAACUUGUACCAGCAGCUCGGCCUGGCUGGAGGCGCAGGCAGGCUCGGCCUCAACUACUCCUCCACCGUGGCGCGGAAGCUCAUCAACCCCAAAUAUGCCCUGGUGUCCGGCAGCCGCCACCCGCCGGGAGAGCUGAUGCGCUGGGCCGCCCGGCAGCAACGAGAGGCUGGCGGCAGCCCAGGCGGACAGGAAGAAGGUAGCGGAGGCGGCGAGUCAGCCCGGCGCCUGGAGAGCUUCCUGCACGACCUGGUCACGCUGGAGCAGAUGCUGCCCCCCGUGGAGCCCGUGCCCCUGGGAGAGCUGAGUCGGAAGGGUGGCAAGGUGGUCUCUCACCUGCACGUGGACCUGAAGCCCCGAGAGGCACUUGUCCGAAAUGGCAAGGGAGAAGCUGCCAACGGGGAGGCCGCCGCCGCCAAGGAAGGCAAGUUCAGCAGCAGCCGACGGGCCAAGAGGCCUGCUGCGUCCAACGGCGUGGCCAGCUCCCUCGCCACCGAGACCUCUGCCGAAGUGGACUUUACGGCGGGGAAGAGGCUCAACGACGGCUCCAGUGCCAACGUCUCAGGUAAAACAAGUCCCAGUCCUGCCAAGAACAGCAAUUGUGUGAUUUCCUGA